UUCGACUCGGUACUCUCGUCUCUCAGCGACCCAAAAUUUACAUAAUAUGCAUUCAGUCGCGAGCGUAGUGGCUGGCUGUUAUCACGCGCGCGCUCAUACCAUACUGACCGCGAUUGUUUUCACAAACCGGCGACAAAUAAACAUUAAACAGCCAUUACAACACUAUAAAACUCGGCUCAAUUAUUUUGAAUACAAUGGACAAUAAGUGAUACAUGUGCACAAGUGUACUACAUACCGCAUCGUAGUUCCAUAGAUGUGAAGUGUUUUAUAGUAUAGAAAGAGGCAAUGAAGCGCGGAUGAUUGUUUACUGAUCCUGCAACGUCCAUUAUACGGAACUUGAAAGUACAUCACAACAAUGGAGGCGGUGUGCAUGCAAGGUGACAACGCGUGCGAAAUACGCGCUCUCGCCGCAGCAUUGCACUCUAUUCACCUGUACUGCGCGACCAUCGCCGCAGCGCUCAUGUGUUGCUGCACAACCAAACAGAAACAUUACAGAUGCACGAAACAAUGGCGAGGUCAAAAUGUCCGUGGGAUAGCCAGUCUCGUUUUGUGCGCUGUCUGGUGCUGUGAAGCAGCUGCAUCGUUACUGCGGCCAUUAGAUAGUGUUCGACUGGUGUCGUCGUUAACCGCGCCGCUAGCAUGGGUUGCGGCAGCCGCUUUCCAUGUGGCCUUGUGGACUCGGCAUUCCGUGGCCCCUAUUCUGUACCUCAGCAUAUAUUGGUUUCUUUCGGCGGUGUCUGCUGCUACUAUCAUGAGACAACACAUAGCGUCAGGAGUGACAGCGAAACAUAUAGAAAUAUACAUUCAAAGUACUUCCUUGUUACUGUGCCUGCUGAUGUCUGCAGUGGACGGCCUAUGUUUUUAUGACGAAGUUACGAAACGUAGUAGUAGUCGCCAUAAAACGCCAACAAAUAACCCAACCAUUUCUUACAAACAUAGCAGCAGUCAUUUCUACUCCAAAGUGUUGUUUUAUUGGCUAAAUACAUUAUUAUAUGAAGGAUUCAAAGCUCCCCUAGAACAAUCGGACCUAGGAGAACUUCCCAAAAAAGAACAGUCCAUGCAACACUACCGAAAAUUCUCAAAAAUAUACGAAAAAUAUGAGAUAAUGAAGGUUAACAAUCGAUGUUCUAACAUUUGGAAAUGUUUCGUACGAAAAGUAUGGCCAAAUUUUUAUAUAGCUGGUUUAUUGAAAUUAUUCGGAGAUUUGAUAGGUGUCGUGCCUCCCCUAGGUUUAGCAGCUAUUGUACAGUAUAUUGACAACCCAGUGGUGAAUGGUGUCAACGAUUCCCCAGUGACUCUACAUGAAUUUUUCAGUAAUGGCUAUGUCAUGUUGUGUGUUGUCACUAUGGCACUGAUCGGCCAAGCAUUACUCUCGCAAAAUUCGACACACUUAGUUACAGUUGAAGGAACAAGAUUAAAAACAGCUUUGCAGGGCAUGAUAUAUGAUAAGAGUAUGCGGCUGGCGCCAUGGUCAUCAACGAACAUUGCGGACGAUGAAUCGUCUCCCCUCUUGCACCAGUCUGAUGAAGCUAGUAUGCGGACUGGGCUCCUCACGAAUUUGGUCGCUCAGGAUACAUACAAUAUAAUGUCUUGUGUUUGGGUUUGUCACUACAUUUGGGCUAUACCCUUAAAGAUAGCAGUUAUAUUGUAUCUGUUACACAUGAAACUAGGAGUGAGUGCAUUAAUAGGAACAGCAGCUGGCGUCCUAAUUAUUACGCCUCUGCAAUUCUAUAUAGGAAAGAAACUUUCCGAUAACUGCAAAGACAUAUCAAAAUGCACAGAUCAUAGGAUAUCAAAAAUGACUGAAAUAAUAAAAGGAAUGAAUGUUAUAAAGCUUUAUGUAUGGGAAGAUUUAUUCAAAGAGAAAAUAUUGCAAUUAAGAGAGGUGGAACUUAAGUUUUUAAAUAAAGAUUCUGUGUAUUGGAGCUUUUUAACAUUCACAACACAAAUUUCUACCAUAUUAAUUACGGUAAUAACAUUCACUGUAUACUACGUCCUUGAGGACGGUAAUAACUUCACUGCAGCAAAAGUAUUUGCCGGAUUAGCGUUUUUCAACCAACUUACAGUGCCGUUGCUAAUUCUGCCGGUUACUGUAUUAAUGAUUAUUCAAGCUAUGGUCAGUACCAAGAGAAUUGAAGAUUUUUUGGCUCUUCCCGAAUCUAGUAACUUAAAAGACGACACCAAUAAAAAAAUAAAUGAAGCGUUUGACAAGCGCAAGGAAAUUGAUGUUGAUUCUACUGACAACGUUAUAUGGGACAAUCCUUGGGAUAAUAAUAUUACGAAUAUUGACGAAGAAAUUGAUAUAAAACUUGAUGACCAAUUCACUGAAGAAGAGAAUCUUAGUUCCAAAUCGCAAUAUUUGGUCAAAUUUAAAAGUGCAGUUUACACAUGGAGACUUCGAAAUGAUUUGUUAGAAAUUGAAGAUUUAAAUAUUCCAGCAGGUAAACUAAUAAUGGUGGUUGGCAACACAGGGUCUGGUAAAUCGUCUCUGCUUUCUGCUAUACUCGGGGAAAUGUAUCUAGAAAAAGGAGAUGUGAUUUACCAUCGAGAUUGUUCAACUGCAUACGCUGGUCAACCACCAUGGCUGCUGGAAGGAUCAGUACGUGACAAUAUUAUCAUGGGAAAUAAAUGGUGUCAAAAAAAAUACGCACGCGUGCUCCGAGCGACUGGUUUGAGGCCAGACUUGCAACUUUUACCAGAAGGUGAUGCGACACGUUUGGGCAGUCACGGCGCUCCUCUCUCGGGAGGCCAGCGUGUGCGAGUCUGCGUGGCUCGGGCACUAUAUUCCGAGGCCCAACUUCUGGUCUUGGAUGAGCCGCUUGGAGCACUGGACGCGCCACUGGCUCGGCAUCUGGUCGCACACGGAUUAUUACCUACGACUCGAUCUGGUCGCACCGUCGUACUGGCUACCAACAGACUAGAACUACUACAUUAUGCUGAUCUGGUAAUAGCUAUGGAGGGCGGUCGCGUGUCCGGUUACGGGCGCGCCGGGUGCCCUGAGAGCAAGGCGGUGCUGGCGCGGUGGGCGCAGCUGGCGACGGAGGCACGCGCGGCGGCAGCUCGCGUGGGCGCAGGACCACCCGAUGGCACCGCCCGGGAGCGCUCGCAUCUCGUCAGAGUACUGAGCCGCGCCAAGUUCCAGAGGACCAUAUCUGACGACGCUGCGGUUGGUAUAAAUGAAGCGGCCGGGGCGCACUUGCUCGCCGAAGUGCCGAUGUGCGCUGGAGGUAGCUGGCGUCGCUCUGCCUCGCACCAGCGCCCAGCGCUCUCCAGACAAUUCUCAUCGCCACCACCAUCCUCUAUGUACAAUAAAUGGCGACGUGAAGUACGUCGGACAGUGAGUGCGGAUGAAUCGAAUACAACCCUACAAAGAGAAGCCAGUCUUUUGCGCCGGCUAUUCACUGCUCGUUCUAACCGCACGCUCACCAGAUGGACUCCAAGAACUCUGCGACGGUUAAUAAGCACUGAUUCCGACACGACCACGGGAAAUAACAUCAGGGCUAACGUUCCUCCAGAUGAAUGCACGGUCGAGACAACAUACAGCUCGUUAACAUCCAACGGAGUCGAGACUAACGUCGGAGUAAUUACCGACGACUCCUGUUCCGAUAACCAUGAAUCAGAGAAUGAUAUAAGCGAGUGCACUUUAUGGAAAGAAUAUGCCGAAGCGUGUGGGUGGUGGAGCGCUAUGUACUGGGCAGCGGCGGCGGCUGCACAGGCGCUCGCCGUUGCAGCCGACUGCUGGCUUACGCGCCUUACCGCUGACAACUCCCACAACACGUUGUCUGAACAACAGACGUGGACGAGUAUCCAAAUCUACGGCGCAUGGAGUGUUGGUGGCGUGUGCGCGGCGGGUGUGGCGCAGGCGUGGUGCGCAUGCGCAGGCGCGCGGGCUCGGCGCACAUUGCACGAGAAGCUGUUGCACGCCACGCUGCACGCACCACUGCACCACCAUCACGCCACGCCCAGCGGCGCUACUCUACAUAGAUUCUCUUCGGAUAUAUUAGUCAUAGAUAAGAAACUUCCUACUGCAAUAAGCCGGUGGGCCCAGUUGGGCCUCUUGUGCGUGGCUGCUAUAUUAGUAAAUGCUAUAGCUGCACCUUGGAGCGUCCUAGCUCUACUGCCAGCGUGUUUAUUUUACCUAUUACUACAAGCUGUUUACCUUCGUAAUGCCAGGGAGCUGCAAAGUAUCGAAGGCCAGAGUGCAGGAAGAGUAGUAUCACUUUGUGCUGAAACUUACACAGGAGGUAGCACCAUCCGCGCCGGAUGCCUUCAACAGCGCAUGCGUGCUGCGUUCAUGCGAAGACUUGAUGCUAAUCAUAAUGCAUUGCUCCUUCUUAACGCAGCUAACCGCUGGCUAGGUCUUUCUCUGGACCUGGUAGGAGCAGCCAGUGUGUGCGUGGCUUUAGGAGUGGCCCUGAGCGGAGACAGCAGCGCGGUGGCGGGCCUGGCGGGCGCGUAUGCGUUGUUACUGCCGGCGUACCUCGCACACCUCGCCAAGUGCCGCGCCGAUCUCGACCAACAACUCGCCGCGCUGCAUAGAGUGCACACCGAUGCGAAUGUGCCGCAGGAAGAUUACAGGGAAUAUUGUUCCAUACCGUCUGAAUGGCCUAGGAAUGGCAAAAUUGUAUUUGAAAAUAUGAGUGUACUACACGAGCCUGGCGGAGUUGAGUGCUUGCAUAACAUUAACUUCACGGUGAAUUCUGGAGAAAAGGUAGCCAUCUGCGGCAGAAGCGGAAGCGGUAAAUCCACAUUACUACAAUCUUGCGUUGGUGCAACCACGAUCUCGGCCGGUCGCGUCCUAGUGGACGGACAGGACGUGACGCGCGUACCGCUGCGUGCGCUGCGCCAUCGGCUCGUCACACUGCCACAGGAGCCCGCCAUUUUCUCUGGCACUCUGCGAGAGAACCUCGACCCAUUGGCAGUACACACUGAUGAAGAAAUAUGGCACAGUCUGCGAGCCGUCGGAUUGUACGAUUUCGUUACCGCGCAAUCGGCUGGUUUAGAGUGCAGCGUGGCGCGCGGGUGGAGCGCGGGGGGCGUGGCGCGGGUGUGCGGGGCGCGGGCGGCGCUGCACGCGCGGCUGGCGAGCGCGCUGGUGCUGGACGAGCCGGCCGCCGCACUGGACGCGCCCGCCGAGCGAGCGCUGCUCCACGCUCUGGCCGCCAUCGCGCCCCACACCACCAUACUCACCGUGGCGCAUCGAAUAUCGUCAGUGCGAGACUACGACCGCGCCCUAGUGCUGGAGGAGGGGCAGGCGGUGGAGCAAGGUCCGGUCUCCGCGCUGCUCGAGCAACCCAGCUCGCGACUCGCGCGGAUGUUGGCCGCCACACGCCGCUUCACGUGACCAAACAAUUAUAUAUCAGUACAGGAAAAUGUAGAUAAUUGGUUAUUUUCCUACGUCCAGAGGAGCACUUUAACACAAACAUCUAAAUAAAUUAAUUUUGCUCCUCUUAGUAAAGGAAUAAUUGGCUUUUACAAAUUAAUUUUAUAAAUUGGACAUGGUUUCGAAUAAUAAAUUUACAUAAUAUAACUAAGGUGGAAAGAUAUUCCAGGCGUAUAGUCACAAUAUGACGUAUUUUUACAAUGUUUACAAUAAUUACAAUGACUAGCAAUAUAAUAUUGUGCUUAUUAAUAAAUGAACUGUUUGUUAAAAUAAAUGACAAUAAAAA